AAAUUAUUAAGGCCUAUUCCAGUUAAAAACAUAGAUGGCUCGUUAAAUGCCGCUGGAUUGAUGACUCAUUUCGCCGAGCUAGGUCUUAAAAUCGGCGACCAUGUUGAGGAUAAAGCAGCCUUCAUGGUUACAGAUCUAGGAAGUGAUGACAUUAUUAUUGGCAUUGAUUGGCUAAGAUAUCACAAUCCGGAAAUAGAUUGG